AUGAAUCUGACGUGUAAUAACACGUUGGAGCAUCUGACGAUCGAACCCGGCGCCGAAAUCGAAAUCGUCGGUCACCUCACCUUUCACGAGCUCGCUCGCAUCAUCGGCGCAGCAUGCACUCUCAUUGCUGUCCUCCUCAGCGUCUACCUUGCCUGGAUGCACGCCCUCCACUACACCAAACCCCGUGAGCAGCGAUACAUCAUCCGCAUCCUCUUCAUGGUCCCCGUUUACGCCAUCUCCUCGUUCCUUCAGAUUCAGUGGUAUCGACAUGCCAUCUACUUUCAGGUCAUCUCGGAUUGCUACGAGGCCGUUGCCAUUGCUUCCUUCUUUGCCCUGCUUUGUCACUAUGUCGCCCCGGAUCUGCACUCCCAAAAGGACUUUUUCCGCCAAAUGCGCCCCGUCAAGCCCUGGAUCUUGCCCGUCAACUGGUUUGCCGCCUGCUGCGGCGGCCAGCGUGGUCCCUGGCGCACCCCCAAGAGCGGGCUUACUUGGUUCAAUAUUAACUGGAUCGGUGUCUACCACUACUGUUUUGUCCGUGUCGCCAUGACCAUUUCCGCCGUCGUUUCUCAGUACUUUGAAAAGUACUGCGAGAGCUCCAACAGCCCCGUCUUCGGUCACAUUUGGAUCAUUGUGCUCAACGCACUCGCCGUCACCAUCGCCAUGUUCUGUCUAAUUCAGGUCUAUGUUCAGCUCAAGGACCCCCUUAAGUCACAGAAGCUUCUCAUCAAAAUCAUCGCCAUCAAGCUCGUCGUCUUCCUGUCCUUCUGGCAGGCCUCUGCCAUUUCCGUUGGUACCUCGACUCUGAACAUUGUCCAUGCCAACAAAGUGCUUGCCUACCCCGAUAUUAAGGUCGGUAUCCCUGCGCUCUUGCUUUGUGUCGAAAUGGCUGCAUUUGCUUUGCUUCAUCUGUGGGCUUUCCCCUACAAGCCCUACACGCAAUACGGUGCCACGCCUCGCUACUAUCCCAGCGCCGAUUUACAAAAGGGCGGCAACGGCAUCCCCAACGAGCUCGAGAGCCCCCAGGGCGGCGUUAUGGGAUUUGCGGCCCUGUGGGACGCCAUGAAUGUUUGGGACGUUAUUAAAGCGUUUGGCCGCGGUAUUCGCUGGCUCUUCUGUGGCGUUCGCCGCCGUAAAGAAGAUAUCAGUUACCGCCAUCAAGACACCCACGACAUGGAUAAUCUCGAUGAGCGCAAGCGCGGCGCAUCUUCCUACGAUGCUUACCGCCCCGGCGCCACCACGGAAACGCAGCCCGUCGGUAUGAGCCUAUACCAUAGCGAGAACUCUUCCGGCAGUGCGCCACCCCGUCCUCCCCGCGAAGGAGAUAUUGGCGUUGCCGUUGUAGGUGAGGAGAGCGCCGGUCUGAUGCAACAUGCUCAGACCAACCCACAUUCCCGGCCCUUUGGAGGCGACUCGCGAAACAGCUCGCCCCCCCGCACUCAAGUCCACGAGCCGUAUCUUCAGCCAUACGAGGGCGCUCAACGCUACAACAACAGCCCGCGGCCUCAAGAGCACCCGUAUGCCCAGCGGCCCAGUGGACAGCCCACACCUUGGCAACAAGACCCCUACGCCUCACAGCAGCAACAGCAGCGCUAUCACCAGGGUGAGGAGCAUGGCGUCAUUGGCCAGGCCAUCUGGGAGCCUCCCCACCAGACGCGUUGA